AUGGCUUUGGUAGACAAUAACAGCGCCAUUCUUGAAAAUCCAAAUAAUAAUCACUCUGUGUGGAGUACUGACAAUGGGUUCCCGAGCUGCCGCAGAAGAAGAAGAUCAUUAUCGUACCAGAUAGUUGCCUCGUUCCUUGGUGUUUCGUCGGUGUUUGGCGCAUUCCUCGCAACUCUAGACAUUGUGGGUUUUAUUCACAAUAGGCAAUCAAGCUUAGAGUAUCUUACAAUUAAUGGGAUCUAUGACUUUUGGAAUUGGUUUGAUGAUCAGACCUGGUAUCUGCUUGGGCGUGUGAUUGGUGGAACUGUUUACCCUGGAUUGACGAGCGGUUUACUGGAUACUGAAUUCUUUAAACAUUCCUCUAUCUGUAGAGACUGUGUAUUUACUGCUCCAACAUUCUCUGGUAUUGCUGCUUGGGCUACUUUCCUUUUGACGAAGGAAGUUAAAGGCACCGGUGCUGGACUGACUGCAGCAGCUCUUUUGGCCAUGGUUCCAUCCUAUAUAUCUCGCUCUGUGGCUGGCAGUUAUGACAAUGAAGCUGUUGCUAUAUUUGCUUUGAUCUUCACUUUUUAUCUCUAUAUAAAGGUUGAUCAUUUUUUAUGGAUCUUUAUUGAAAUUUUACUGAUGGAUUGUGAUUUGUAUAACGAACCAUUUCCUGACUAUGAUUACUCAUUAUCUGCGGACACUGAACACUGGAUCCCUCUUUUAUGCUACUUUAAAUGCGAUAGAAUACUUUUACUGGUCACUAUUCCUCUCGGCUGUACAUUGCAUAUGCUCCACUUGUAA